AUGCGGAGGAGGCGGAGGGCCGCGACGCGAGCGCAGGUGGGCGGCACGGACGCGGAGGAGGGCCGGGAGGAGGCGGAUAUGGUGAUGGUGGUGGUGGUGGUGGUGGUGGGCGAAGCGGAGGGCCGCGACGCGGGUGGAGAGCUCGCGGGAGGAGUGGCCGCGACACGGGCAGAGGUGGGUGACGCGGACGCGGAGGAGGGCCGGGAGAAGGCGAAGGUGGUGGUGGUGGGCGACGCGGGCGCGGAGGGUGGCGACGAGGGCACGCGGGAGGAGGCGAUGAGCCGGGACAAGGUGGGGGAGGAGGACAACGCGGAGGGUUGGUGGGAAGAGGUGGACGGCCGGGACAACGCGGAGGCGGAGAUGCGCGACGCAGGUGGAGGGCGACGCGGAGGCGGAGACGGAGCCUGGAUGAGGUGGGCGAGGUGGACGCGGAUGGAGGUGGGCGAUGCGGAGGCUGCGGAGGGCGAGGUGGAGGAUGUCCGGGUGGACCUCCUCCGCAUGUCGUAG